AUGAAUAAGACAAUUCUUGAGCUAAAUUCCAUAACAUUUCGUUAUGAUGAGAAGACAUUUUAUUUCCAAAAUAAAUGCAAAAAUAACGUGAAUGAUGAUAAGGAAAUGGCUGCCAUAUUGGAUGAUGUAUCGUUGGCUGUUUGUCAAUCAGAAAUUUAUGGCCUAUUAGGUGCAUCUGGAUGUGGUAAAACUACACUGUUACGUUUGAUUCUUGGUCAAUUAUCACCAUCUUCUGGUUCUAUACAAGUUUUUGGACAGGAAAUCGAUCCCAAUGAACAAUCACCAUCACAUCUUUGUAAUAUUGGAUACAUGCCUCAAGAUAUUGUUUUGUAUAAUGAAUUCAGUACAUUUGAAAUGUUACAAUAUUUUGGUCGACUAUAUCGUAUGCCUAACAAUGAAUGUAUGAAACGUAUCGAUCAAUUAUUGAAACUUUUAGAAUUGGAUGUUGGUACUGGUGGUGAUGUCGGUCAUCAUCAUGAUUGUUCACAUAGGAAUCAGCUGAUAAAACAUUUAAGUGGUGGCCAGCGAAGACGUGUUUCAUUGGCCAUUGCUUUGUUACAUGAUCCUCGUUUGUUGAUAUUGGAUGAACCAACCGUCGGUGUUGAUCCAUUAUUACGCGAAUCUAUAUGGAAACAUUUGAAAUAUUUGACAUCGGUCAAACGUCGAACUGUUUUACUUACCACUCAUUACAUUGAAGAGACACGUCAUGCAAAUCAAAUUGGCUUCUUACGUCGUGGACGGUUACUUGUACAAGAUCAUCCUCGCCGUUUACUUCGACGAUUCCGUGUGGAUACGAUGGAAGCUGCAUUCCUCAAACUAUGUCAUUAUCAUGAUGAUCAACAGCAGCUACUUAUCUCUCGAUCACCUUCAAUCAUCAGUUCCAAUGUCGUGGUUGAUAAUGGUGAUGAUGAUGAUGAUGAUAAAAAGGUGGCCAAAAAAAGUCAAUCAAUCGUAAAUUUCAUUGAAAUUAUCGGCCCACCACUAGAUGAUCAGGAAAAAAACCACAAUUUAAUUAUGACUACGGAACAUUUAACCAUCAAUGAUUCUACUAAUGGUGGUACCAUUAAUCACAGUAGUAAUCGAAUUCAUCCUUCGAAAGAAUCAAUUUCGAAUCAACGAAAAUCACAACAAUGGCUUAUACCACGACGACGACGACGAUCUUACAAUUAUAAUCAUUACAUUUGUCUGUCUCAUCUUUGGACAUUGGUACGAAAAAAUUUCCGCCAAGUUUAUCGUAAUUGGUCAUUAUUAUUAUUUUUCAUAUUAUUGCCGGCAAUCGAAAUGGCAUUGAUUAUGUUAUGUAUCGGUCGAGAUAUUGAUCAUAUACCGAUAGCCGUAUAUAAUGGUGAAUGCCCUACACCAGAUUUAAGUCAAGUUUUCUUGGAUAGUUUCGAACCGAAUGCAUUUGUACUGUAUUAUUUUGAUAGCCCAAAACAAGCAUAUGAUGCAGCCAAAAGUAAUCAAGCUGCAGCCGUUUUGCAAUUCAAUAAACGUUUCAGUGAAGCUUUACGAUCAAGAUUUUUUUCCUUUGGUUACAUCAACGAAGAUGAUAAUGACAACGGUAAUAAUGGUGGUGAUGAACAAUCAACGAAAUCACAACAAUUCUCUAUUUGGGAUGAAAGCUCUGUUUACGUUCAAUUGGACAUGUCCAAUCAAUUGAUUGGGCUACAAAUUCAACGACAAUUAUUGACAGCAUUCUUGAAUUUUGCCCAACGUUUAGCCGUAUCGAUGGGUCUGAGUAAUCAUACAUUCAAACCACCAAUCGCAUUUGGACCGCCGGUAUAUGGCAUCCAGCAAACAUCAGUUGCCGUUGUUGAAACAUUCAUAGCACCUGGUGCGUUGAUCAUGAUUGCAUUCUUUGCUACGACCAUCGUGAGCUGCCAUUUGCUCAUACAUGAAAUUCGUCAACAAUUGAUUGAACGUGCAUUGAUUGCCGGUGCAACGACAGCUGAAUUUCUCUUCAGUCACAUACUCAUACAAUCAUGCAUAUUGAUGGUACAAUUGUUUCUUGUAUUCGUAACAGCAUUCUAUCUAUUCCGUAUGCCGUAUUUGGGUUCAUUACCAUUAUCAAUCAGUUUGAUUUGCUUACAAGGCCUAUGUGGUUUGAUGUACGGCCUGAUGUUAUCGGCAACUUGUCCGGAUGAGAUUUAUGCGACUACACUAUCGAUUGGUACAUUCUUUCCUAGCGUUAUAAUUGGUGGAAUAUUUUGGCCAGUACAAAGUAUGCCCACCGUCUUACAAUACGUUAGUCAAUGUUUACCAUCCACGCAGUCAAUCGACGCUUUAAGAUUCAUAUUGCUUCGCGAUUGGGAUCUUCGUCAUUCAAGUGUAGCAUCGGCUUUUAUUGUUUCAACCAUUUGGUUAUUGAUAUUUUUGUUCUGUGCUCUCACACAUUUUAAACGACGUGUUUGAAUCAAAAAAUAUUAGAUUUAGUGGCACCUUGCUUAACGAUGGUAAUUUGCUUGCUGAUUCAUUGGAUGGUUUUCGAAAGACGCGCCCACCGAUUCUG